ACCCAAAUGAUAUGUAUUGCCAGUACUCUCCGGAAGGGGAGCCACAGACCCCGAACCAGGCAUACGAAUAUUCAGUGCUGCCACAAGAGCAGCCUGCAAAUCAAGCGUACCACUAUUUACCUGGCACUUGGAUAGCUGGUCCGCAACCGAAGUCCCCAAGCCACGCAAAUCACCAUGCAAUAUCCCCGCAGCCGCAGCCUCCCAACGAGCCAUAUCUCUAUCAUACUAGUUCCCACUCUCAGAGGGAAGUGUCCAAAGGAUGGUACAAUUACUGAACGACGACCUUGUGUCUUGGCCAUAGAGUGUUAUCCUUCCUUCUAAAUUCGACUCUUGAUGCGCUGCCAUGCCUAUGGUCACCGGCCAUGUAACGUUAUUUGUCUACAUAGUACAAACAGCUGGAAUAUGAGAUUAUAUAUGUGCACAGUGAGGCGGUAGGAUGUUCAGCUUGCUGGAACAUGCCGUCGCGCCCAUUUCGAAGUGUCAGACGUGGCGUUCCACAGCACAUCCAGCGCGGGAAAC